UUCUUCCAGAAAUAGAAGGAGAAGGAACAACAAGUACACCAGUUAGAGAUGGUCAGGUUCGCAGAAGCCAUUGAUGGUGGGAGCAGCGGCAGCGAUGCUGUUUUCCAAUUUCGUGCAAGUUUCUUAUUGUUUUGCAUGGUUGCGGCAUCCAUCGUCUUUAUAACCUUGGCCAUCUUUGCAUGCGGUGAUGAUGACGAGAAGAGUCGCUCUGGCAAAAGACGUAGCAAAGGAGGUGGGACCAACCCUGCCGUCUGCACCACCGGCUACGUUGGUGCUGAUGGUGGAGGUGAUGGCAAUAAUGAUGGUGGCGGUGGAGGCGGAUGCGGCAGCGGUGGUGGAGGUGGUGGUGGAGGCGGAUGUGGUGGAGGUGGUUGUGGACAUCAUGGGGGCUAGGAAUCCAACGGUCAAUGCAGCAGGGAACUGAGUAGAGUAUAUGGGAGUGAGAGGCUAGGCUGAAGCAGGUGUGUCGAAGUACUGUUCUUCGGUUUACACACAGUAUCCGAAUAAUUGGGUCAUUGGUUGUAUGGCGGCUAAUGUCUGAGAAAAAGUUUCGAAGGAUUUAUUAG